AUGGGAUUUCUUUUUUCAGAGGAAGAGGAAUCGAGGGAGUGGGACAACGAGGAGGUAUUGCUGAAAGCCGCAGCCGAGAACGACAAAACUACUGGCAAAUUGAAGGUUGUAUACACGCUAGAGCUGAAUAAUAUCGGCAAGGACAGCGCCAUACGCACGCAGUGGAGCCUGGUGAACUGGAAAUACCUAGAGGAGACUAAUUUUAAGGAGUGGACUCGUGACAUGGACAAAGAAAGCGUGAGGCUGUGGAUGCGGGAACAGACGUUUCUGCAGCGCACCGAGAAGGGAUAUGAAUAUAUUGGAGAGCAUCCUAAGGAUCGGGUGGACUUUGACGACAAAGAAUACCUUUUGCAUCCUACCACAAUCGUCUCAUCCCCAGAGGAUGACAAUUCUGCUGAUGCUGUGGUGGCUGGCAAAGUCGCUAUUAAGGCCACCCGAAAGUACGGCCUGGGUUGUCUUCCACAUAUCACGCUUCGCAUUAAUGUCGACCAGCUUCAUCUUGUCCUUGCGGUGCCCUGUGACGGGGCUAGAGAGAGGGACGGUGACGAUAGCGAGCAAUUUGACCUGUACCAAGAAAACUUAGUUCUUGCCUUCGCCCGCGGAGGAGGUCAGGAUCCAUAA